AUGCAUAAUAGACACAAGUUUUUCCUGAUAGGCCUUAUGGAGCCUUUUCAGCAGUCUUACAAACUGGAAAGCUACAGGAGGAGAUUGGGAAUUGACACUGCUUUGUGUAAUGUCUCUGGGAAAAUAUGGGCUUUUGUCAAUGAAGAUUAUCAAGUCACAGUUAUGAUUGAUAAUGUGCAGCAGCUUACUCUAAAACUGCACAAUGUGAAUUCUGCAGAAGAGAUGAUUGUCACACUUGUUAAUGCAAAAUGUGACAGAAUGGAAAGAGUUGAACUGUGGGAUUCUUUGCAUUAUCUGGCCUCUAAUAUGACAUUGCCAUGGCUUGUUGGUGGAGACUUUAAUGUCAUAUGUGAUGAAGAUGAGAUGUUUGGGGACCUGCCAAUGACUUUUAAUGAAGUGGAGGAUUUUAGACACUUCAAAGCAAACUGGAUAACUGAGGUGGAAGGCAAUGCCUUCAUGAAGUUCAAUUCCAAGUUGAAAAAUAUGAGGAAGGCACUGUCACAAUGGAGUAGAGCAACAUUUGGAGACAUUUUUCAGAAAAUCUCCAAUCUUCAAGAAGUGAUUAAAGUUCAUGAAGGUCUGUUUGAGGAGAAUCCAACUCUGCAGAAUAGAGUAAAGUUGAGACAUGUGGAGGCUGAGCUGACUAGAGUAUAUGCUCUAGUAGAGGAAUACUGGAAACAGAAGGCAGGUAUGGAGUGGUUUCAAGAUGGUGAUAGGAAUUCUAAAUUAUUUCACAAUUAUGUUAAUGGUAGGAGGAAAAGGCUCCAGCUGAAAAGGAUUCAAAAUAAUCAAGGGCAGUGGUUAGAUGAUGAAUAUGAUAUUGCAGAGGAGGCUUUGAGAUUUUUUCAGGAUCAAUUCCAUCAGUAA